AUGGAGUCCGCCUCUGUGCCAUCUAAUGAACAUGCUUCUACAACCGGGUCUAAUGCUAAUUCUUCAUCUGUGAGGGCAAAAUGUGAUCCUGCAUGGGAUCAUGUAACUGAAGAGUUGAAAGACGGAAAAGUAGUUAUAGAUAGAAAGGUUGGUGACAUUGGUAAUUACUUCGCUCCUAGAACAACACCGAGAGCUCAACCUUCUAUUAAAAGUGUGCUUGCUAGCAAAGAAAAGAAGCGGAGGGUUGAUAUGGCUGUAGCAAGAUGGAUGUAUGAUGCUUGCAUUCCAAUUAAUGCUGUGAAUUCUAGUUAUUAUCAACCUAUGUUCAAUGCUGUAGCUUCUUAUGGUCCUGGAUAUAAAGGCCCAAAUUAUCAUGCCCUUCGAGUGCCUUUGUUGAGAGAAGCAAAAAGAGAAGUCCAAUUGAUUGUUGAUUAUCAUCGUUCAUAUUGGGCUAACACUAGUUGUACAAUAAUGGCUGAUGGGUGGACUGAUACUAGGCAUAGAACAUUGAUUAAUUUUCUUGUCUAUUGUCCUAAAGGUAUUAUUUUUAUAUGUUCUAUUGAUGCUUCUGACUUUGUUAAGGAUGCUAUUAAUUUAAGUAACUUGUUUGAUGAAAUUGUUAAUUGGGUUGGUCCUGCAAAUAUAGCACAUUUGGUCACUGAUAAUGCUGCAAAUUAUGUAGCUACUGGAAGAAUUUUGUGUGGAAAAUAUAGGAACAUUAGUUGGUCACCUUGUGCAGCACAUUGCCUAAACCUAAUUUUUAAGGAGAUUGGGAAGAUGGAUCAUGUAGCUAAACUUGCAAAGCGUGCAUCCAAGAUCACUGUGUUCAUCUAUAACCAUGUGGCUUUGCAAGCUUAG